CGGCCUGGCCGCCACACUGGGCCGCGUCAGUCGGUCGGUCGGUCGGUCAGUCGGUGCGCGCGGGGCGGAGGCGCAGCCCGAGGGCGCCAUGGAGCAGCCCCGGAAGGCUGUGGUGGUGACCGGGUUCGGGCCUUUUGGGGAGCACACAGUGAAUGCCAGCUGGAUGGCCGUGCAGGAGCUGGAGAAGCUGGGACUUGGGGACAGCGUGGACCUGCACGUGUACGAGAUCCCCGUGGAGUACCAGACGGUGCAGAGACUCAUCCCGGCCUUGUGGGAGAAGCACAGCCCACAGCUAGUGGUGCACGUAGGGGUGUCGGGCAUGGCGACCACGGUCACGCUGGAGAAGUGCGGCCACAACAAGGGCUACAAGGGGUUGGACAACUGCCGCUUCUGCCCCGGCUCGCAGUGCUGCGUGGAGGACGGGCCCGAGAGCAUCGACUCUGUCAUCGACAUGGACGCCGUGUGCAAGCGGCUCACCACGCUGGGGCUGGACGUGUCCGUGACCAUCUCCCAGGACGCAGGCAGGUACCUGUGUGACUUCACGUACUACACGUCGCUGUACCAGGGCCACGGCCGCUCGGCCUUCGUCCACGUGCCCCCGCUGGGCAAGCCGUACAACGCCGACCAGCUGGGCCGCGCCCUGCGGGUCAUCAUAGAGGAGAUGCUGGGGGUCCUGGAACAGUCGGACGACAAAGCGGGUUGUUAUCACUGAUGGCCGCUGCCUGCUGGGGCCCGAGCCUCCUCCCGCGCCUCCCCGACCUCCGAAACACCAGCUCACCCCAGCCCGGGCCGGGCGCGGGCACCCCAUGCCCCGAGACGGGGAGCCUCCUGCGAAGACACCUUC